AUGUUCUCUGCUAGUUCCUAUGAAGACCUAUGUAACGCAGUGAUGAAUCGUCCGCAAGAUUUUGAGGUGUUUGAUUGUGCCGAUCAAUCAUUCAGUGUGAAAGUGCGCCCAAUAGGACGCAAAAAAGGUGUGAAUUGCUUGAGCAUUGCUGAGAAAUUCGCUCGGAUACUACCACUUAAUACUGCUAGUGUGAACUUGAAAACUCCGCUCAACUCAUUUUAUAUCCUGGAGGAAUUUUCUGAUGCCUGCCAGUUGGAGCCCCAACGGCUUAUCUUCUGCAGAUUGAUUGGUGAUGGCCAGUACAAAUUGAAAUCUCGUUAUGAUAUCAAAACAAGGCGAUACAUCGGAAAUACAACGAUGGACCCAGAGCUCGCCUUUAUUCAGAUGAAGCACUCUUGGAAAUUGCAUAGAGCAACAUCACCUCAGUUAGGACGUCUGAUCUUGUACUGGAUCCAUUUAUGGGCACAGUAUCGUAAGCAUUUAAUAUGCGCGUUGAACUCCUUGAGAAAUGUUGAUUUACAGGUCUGUGCGACUACACCAUGCAUGUUGCGGGGUGCGGAGACGAUAACGGAAACGAUUGAGAAAGCUCUCGGUAUCCAUGUUGGGGAGACCACGAAGGAUGGCUUGUUCACGUUGGCGGAAGUGGAGUGCUUGGGAGCUUGCGUAAACGCUCCUAUGAUGCAGGCGAGUGGACUAUUGCUGUCAGCUGCUGAAUUCGGUGCUUAUACCAUUGGAACGGAAAUCAACUAUCAAAUCGCUAAAGCCAUUGGGAAAUCCUCGCGACACGAUAUGUUGAUGCGGUCAAACGAGGAGAGUGUACAAGCUAACUUCGAACAAUAUGGCACGGAUCGGUAUUACCUAAGUGGUAUUCUUGCUGAUGCUUGCUGGCACGACUUAUGGGCAAGACCAAUUUUCGACGCCAUUGUUGCAGAUCCGCCAUAUGGUAUACGAGAAAAAGGACGUAAAAUUGGAAAAAAGCCAAGGAAAGAACAUUGGACCUUAGAUGGCAGUGAACAUGAGUGUCACUUUCCUGAGAAACAGCCGUACUCCUUGGAGAAGACCUUCACUGAUCUAUGUGAUCUUGCUGCUAAAGUUCUUCGUGUUGGAGGAAAGAUCUCGUUCUGGUUUCCAGUCAUCCUUGAGAGUUACUCUGAAGAGUGUCUUCCCGUACAUCCGGCUCUGCGUCUUGUCGCGAAUUGUGAGCAACGACUCUCUCUGAAAACCAGCAGGCGGCUGUUAGUAUAUCAGAAACAUAGGGAACCAAAGCCAUUGGAGCAGUCUUGGUAUCCUGCAAAUCACUACGAGAAUGGAAGCUUUCGAGAUAUCACUUUUGCCCCAAAGCAGAUAUCGUAA